UUGAUUCGUUUCAUUAUUCAUGUUUAUUCGAACAAAUAUUAGAUAUAUAUAACUCCAUGAAUCAAAGCAAAGAUAAUAUGUAAUAUUCGUAAAAAAAAAUCAUAAAUACUAAUAUAUUUUUGAACUGAUAUCUAUUCUGUUAUAUGCAUGUACAUACAUAUAUUUAAAUAAUUUUAUAUAUAAGUUAUAUGUAUAUAUAUAGAUUUAUUUUAUUUAAGUUUUACACUAUUUUUAUUUACUAAAUUUAUUAUAUUAGUUAUUAGAAUUUUAAAAAGUGAAUAAUUUUAUUUUUUAUUAAUACAUUACUAUUUUAUAUUAUUUUGAUUUUUAUUUGUAUGUUCAAAUUAGAUAUCUAGUUUUAAAAAAUUAAAAUAUUAUAUAUCCGGAACAUCAAAUAUCUGGAUGCCAAGGAUACCAAAUAUGUAGAUGCCUAAAAAUUAAAUCGGAUCAAAUAAUUGAUUAUCCGAGUGAAAUAGAUCUGUUCACAAAUACUUUAUCCGUCCACCCCUAAAGACCAUGUUGAACCAUCGACAUCUUGCGCUUUAUUUAUUCACUAGGUGAUAAUCCGCACCAUGUGCGGAAUAAAUUUAUUAAAAAAAAUUAUAUUUAGUGAUUAUAAACUCUACUACACAUUUUGUUAUACAUCUUAAUAAUAGUUAACAAAUGUAUAAAUACUGAAUAAAAACCAUUUAUCCACAUCUUGUGUGUGAUGGACCUUGUAUAUACAAAUUAUUUUAUGUAUUAUUAUUUAUUUUACAUUUUUAUAUUGUAUAAUAACAAAUAGGAAAUAUAUAAUUAAUAAUUGAGGAAAAUUAAUUAUUAGCAAUAUAAUUAAAUUGGUAGACAAAUCAUUCUUGUUUAUUUACUAUCAUUUUAUGGUAAGUAAAUAUAAAUAUCACAUUUAUCUAUUUUGUAUAUAAUUAAAUUAAAUUGGUAGGCAAAAAAUUGACAUUACUUUUCUAAACAGCUAAAGGGAUUUCAUUGACUCAUAAGAUAUACACUGACACAUAGACACAUUGAAUGUUAGACGCUUCUCCAAGUAAUCUUAACAAUAACAAAAAUAUUUUAGAUGUCGCAUAUUUAUACAUAAUAAACGACAUAUACAAUUUGUAACACAUAAAAAAUGACUCCAUGAAAUGUAAUUGAACACGAGUUGUCUUACGGAACUCAUAUGUUCUUUAACACCAGUUUAAACUUAGACAAAUACAGACAGAUCUUUUGUUUAUUAUGACUAAGACAAAUCCGAAGUGAGUUUCAGCUGUGUUGUUUAUAAUAAAGAACAUGAUGUUCAAUACGAACUGAAUAACCUUGAACGAUUAUAUUUAGAAAAAUAUAGACAAAGUAUUGUUUACCAUGACCAAGACAAACCCGAGUGAGUUUCAGCUAUGUAAAAUCAUAGUUGACAACCUAAGGUUCAUUACUAACUGAAUAAUAAUGAGAAAUGACAAAUUUGAUAUGGUUCACUACUCUAGGAAUAACAACCUGAUGGAUGUUUCUUAACGAUGCAUCUUAAAUAGCAAACUGAAACAUAUUUUAAAAAGAUACAUUUCAAAUUUUGACGAAUAACUCAUCAAUCGAGCAGACAAAAAUAACUCAUCAAUAAUAUGUGUAUAGUUAGAAAGGAUUACACAUCUUGUUUCUUGUGAUUUUGAAUAAUAGUUCUGGCAGAUUUAGGUUCAUUACUAACUGAAUAACAAUGAAAAUGACAAAUAUACCACGUUCAAAAUAACAAUUUGAUAAUUGAUAGUAAGAUCAGUCACUUUACCAUUAAGAACCUAAGCUAUGUUACUACUUACUGUUGCAUAGUCUAUAUGGAUGGUUCAUGGAGUAAAUUACAGUAUUCAAUUCUGAAAGAUGAAGGGAAGACUUAUUUACAUCAAUUUUUUCCAUGCAGAUUACGUUAAGAUAUGAAACAUGAAGAAGUAACACACAGACUUAACUUCCCUUAUAUAUUAUAAGAGAGAAUCCGAUAUGGUGGUUUCUGUCGCUAUUCUUCUGGCCAUCUAUUUUCCAGUAGAGCUUUAUUCUACAUGUUUCUGUCGCUAUUCUUCUGACCAUCUAUUUGUCAAUAAUAUCAUGCAUAGCCAUUCCAAAAAUUAAGACUUUCCAAUCAUGCAUGGCUAUCUCUCGAUCUCUUAGAUGUGCUAUGCCAGCUGGCAAAGGGAGGUCAUACUGUUCUAGUUAGUUCGCUGCUCCAUUAUCCACUCACACGAUGUCCUAAAACCCCGCCUCUUGGAAUGGCACACAUCAAAGUAGUUCGCCAUGAGUGUCUGAUGAUGUAUUCUCUUAACUUUCAAUAUUUUUUCGGCUAAGUAUGUUCUUCCUAUUGUUGCAGACUGUUAAUCUCAUGCAAUGCGAAGUGCUAUAUGUUAUUCUUCCACUCUACACUUUAUGAAGUAUAGCCUCGUGAAAUAUCAAAGGAAGGAAACCAACCAUGCAUGUUUCAGUAGGAGAAGCUUCUUUCGAUGUGCUAUUUCAUCGAGUUCAGCUUGCUUACAUACUACUCGUGACAGCACAUCGAAGGAGAACAACCAUGCUGGUUUCGGUUGGAGAAGCUUAUUUCGAUUUUUUGUUUCAUCAAGUUCAUCUCGCUUAUAUACAGCUCGUGAAAGCUCGAAGGAAGGAGAAUAACCAUACCGGUUACAAAAAGCUCAACAAAUAUUCUUCAACUUAGUCAACCAAUUCUUCUCACGUUUUUAAUCAAUGAAAAUAUUAAAGUUGGAGUUUUAAUCGCAAGAUAACAGUCAUAUACCAAAACUAUUUUUAUGUAGGGACACAUGAGAUGCAAACUUGGAAACAUAUUUUGCUAAUUAGGCAAUUUUAAGCAUAAUAAAAUUGAAAUGAUUGUGAGCAUGACAUGUGUCAAUAUAAGUGUGAACACAUUUAUUGACAAUGUUUCUCUUUUAAUAUAUAAGGGAUCUCACUACCCAAAUGAUUCCUCCUCUCACCAACUCUCCAUGUCUCUGAUUAAUUAAUAGUGGAUGUUAGGUGUGUUCGUUUUAUGUGUCCAUUUGUCUAUCCGCAAAUAAUGUUUACUGGUCUCACCAACUCUCUGUGACUCCAAGUCUCCAGCAAAUUAAUAAAACAUGUGAAAUGUACUUUCAAAUUAUUUUUAGUAUCAUGUUACCGUUUUAUAUGAUCGUUCCUCUUAUCACCCCAUGAUUAUACAAAGUCAAAUUCUUCUUUACUUUCCUACCGUUUCUCCUAUUAUGGAAGCUUCACAAAAUCUUCUUCAAACACCUGCAAAUUUCAUGAAGGUCGAUAGUUUGAGCCAAGAAUGUGAAAAUCUGAUCUCUUCUUUACCUUCAGAGAAAGAUUUCAUGGGAAAAAACCUCUAUAGCUAUCAAGGAUCUUGGUACUAUCCCAGCACACUCCAAGCAAUCCUAAACUUCCAAAAACAUUUCCGAGCACGAGACAGCGAUAUCAUCCUAGCUUCUUUCCCCAAAUCAGGAACCACCUGGCUCAAGGCUCUUGUAUUUGCCGUCGUCCAUAGAAACAAGUACGCUCCUAAUCUUGUAUCCCAUCCCCUCCUCUCCGACAAUCCCCACAACCUCGUUCGGUUUAUUGAACUUGAUUUAUAUGUUAAGAACCAACGUCCUGACCUAGAAGAGCUUCCUUCCCCUAGGCUUUUUGCAACCCACAUGCCGUUUCAAACGCUUCAUGAUUCUCUAAGAGAUUCUCCAUGCAAAGUCGUUUACAUGUGCAGGAACAUAAAAGAUGUGUUGGUCUCUCGUUGGCAUUUCAGGAGCAAUGUUGUUAGAAAAGAGUUAUACAGUAACUAUUCACUUGAAGAUAUGGUUGACGAUUUUAUCAAAGGGGUUUACUCGUUGGGACCGUUUGAUGAUCAAGUCUUACGUUAUUGGAAAGAGAGCUUGGUGAACUCGAAUCCGGUACUCUUCAUGAGGUAUGAAGAAAUGAUAGAGAAGCCUGAGGUUCAAGUUAUGAGGCUCGCAGAUUUCUUGGGUUGUUCGUUUACUGAAGAAGAAAAGCAAAGUGGAACGGUGGAGAAGAUCUUGGAACUGUGUAGUUUUGGUAACUUGAGUAACUUGGAGACCAACAAGACUGGGACAUCUGUUUGCGGAGUUGCUCCCCAUGCGUUUUUUCGUAGAGGAGGAGUUGGUGACUGGAAGAAUCAUCUCACUCAUGAAAUGGCAAGAAAACUCGAUGAGAUGGUUGAGAAGAAAUUAGGAGGUUCAGGGUUGAAGUUUGAAUGAUCCAAGUUGGCUUGAUGUUUGAUAUUCAAUAAAGAAAUCUUUUAAUGAUAAAAGAUUGUAUGAAACUAGUUCUUUAACAGUUCGGUAAUCUUUUGGUGUGUUACUUAAUUUUUUUUUUUUAUCAAAAUGUUGGUUUUACGGGAAAAUGUGCAUUUUCUUUUGUUUUCUUUUGACACGUAGACAAUACACCUAAGAGCAAGUCCAAUGGUAAAAAUCCAUAAUGGGCUCUAAUCAAUACUUUAAUAAUUAAUUUUGAGAUUUGAAAAGUUUAAAACCCUUGUUAGUAUAAUUAAACUUCUCAUGGUCCAAUGGACGAACCUCUUUGAGGUUCUUAAAAUUUUUUUUUGUUAAAUUGAAUGAUUGUAAAUAUGAAACUUGAAUUCACAUUUUGUAUAUAUAGAAUAUAUAAACCUUGAUGAUAAGGGAGAUAUAGUAUGGCUUCACUUCCUCCACGUUUAUACGAACCUUGCUUUUGCCGUAGAGAUCAUACUUGUUAAACACUUUCAGCCACUUCAUGUUCUCUCUGUCUUCAUUAUUCAUCAAAUGCUUGUAUGCUUCUGAUUUGUGCAGAGCUGCAAACCCAACUCUUUGUUGUCUUCAUCAUACAAGCAUUUGAACGAUCGCUUGUAUGCCCAAAAAAGCAAGGAUUCAUGAUCCAUCAAAACACAUGGAGCAAUUUUAAGAAAAAAACUUGAUAAUGAAAGGAGGGAAGUACCACAAAGCUUAAUGGAUAGUUCGUAUAGUGGGACAAUCUUUUCUAAACGAUCAUGCUCUGCUUGCGUAAUCAAACCCAUUUCAUCAUGACGGAUAUCAGUUUUGUCUGUGGUGUAGCUGAAACCAGUUCUAACAAGCUGGUCAACAUACAAUAGAUUAGAAGCCUAAAAAUGUUAUUGUCUCAUUGGCCGAAUCUUGUACCCCAAAGUGGUCAAGAGGCUUGGGACUUUGGAGAAUUUUCUAUCUGAACUAGCCACUAGCCAAAUCUUCUACCCCAAAUUGAUAAAAAAGGUGGAUACGUAACUCAGUAGGUGAUUAUGCAUAUCUAAGAUUUUAUCAAAAGUUCAUUUUGUUGUUUUCUAACACAUAUCUAAAUAAAUUAGUUGUUGUCAUAUUUUCUUUUUUGAAUUUUUCAUUUUAUUUUCAUAUCAGUUUUAGAAUAUAACAUUGAUAUAAAGUUGUAUCAAAAUUAUCUUAUAGUUAUACUUACAUUUAUAUAGUUAAUUAAUUUAAAAUUAAAUUAAAAUUUAAAUCAUGUUAAACUGAUUGAACCGGUCUGACCAUUGAUCCGGUCCAAUCAUUGACCCAACUACCCGGUUUUCAAAACAUCUAUACUAUUAAAAGGAAAAUAUUUUUAAAAAAUCUACUACUUUAAAAGUGUGGAUCUGUUUUUAAACAAAAAAAUAUUAACUUUUUAAUAUAAAUUAAUUGUUCUAUCUAAUCUAUUAAAAGAGGAGUACAAAAUUAGAUUAUCCCUUAGUUUUCCACUAUAUUUACAAUAGCAUGCCACUGAAGUUAUUAAUUA